CCCGUCCCCCGCCGGGUCUGGCGGGGCCGGGGGCCCAGCGCCCACGCCGCCCCGGGUGGCAGUUCCCGUUAACCUUAGCCUCAAAGUCAAAGGGUCCAGAUUCCCAGCCUGGGAAGGGGACCUGGGAGAGAAGAGGGGGACCCUUAGGAUGGGGGGCCUCGGGGGCUCUCGAGGGCCCCAGGUAGGGAGCAAGAUAAGACAGGGUUUCUUGUGAGGGCGGCUGGACUGAGGUGCCCUGGAGGAAGCUCCAGCUGAUGGCCAGGAAAGCCCCCUGCUGGAGCUGAUCUGAGAGCCACAGGUCCUCAGUGGGGCUCUUUGGGAGUGUGGGGUCUACGGGGAAGCAGGCGUGUGAAGCCAGAAUCCUGUCCGUAGCAGAGGCAGUCCCUGGUACCUGGUGGAGAGAAUGAACCGCAGGCUGCCCACAGUCCACCUCUGAGCGCCACAGCGCUGCCAGGUGUUCUCUGGGUGGGGGCUCUGUCCCAGGUCCCGGGCCUUCCUCCGUGGGCACCAAGAGUUCCUGUCCUCCAGAUGAAGGGGAAUAGAGUAAAUACCAUGUCAGGUGGCAAAGUGUCAUGGAGGAAUGCGAGGUGGAGUUAGGCUUGUGACUUUACCCAGAGUGCCAGGGAAGGCCGCGCUGAGGAGGUGAUCCCUAAACGAGGUGAGGGGGGCCAUGCCAAGAUCUGAGACAGAACACCCCAUGCAGAGGGGCAGCCAGCGCAAAGCCCGAGGCUUCUGAGCAGCAUGACCUGUCCCCCAUCAUGUUCCAGGCACGAGGAACCAUCAGGAAAUGUUCUGACAACUGGAGCAUUAACCAUCCAGGCCAACUCUGUUUCCUUUGCUCCCAUCUCACGCACAGACCGAGUCGGGGCACCGUGCUGAUGCCGUGGGUCCCCUGGGAUGGAGAGCAGCCUGGCUGGUGCCAGCACAGAAAACUGAUGUUGCAGACGGCCAAAGUCCCAGCAGGAGACCGGCUGGUGAUGAAGAUCAAGCCAGAGAAGCCAGAGUGGCUGCUGCAGACCCUGGCGCCGCCCGCCGCGCUUUCCAAGGACAAGGAAAACAUUUUCCAGCAGCCCCUGGGCCUCCCACCACGCCAGGCUUUGGGGAAACCCCGAUCCUUGGGGGGACAGGAGGAGACUGGGGGUCCCAGGUGGACCUCUCCCACUGAGCAGGAUGCUGGGCUGGCAGGCCAGGUUCCGGGGGCAGCUCCCGGCCCCCUGAGCCCCGUUCUGUCUGCCAGCGAGGGCCAUUUCGUGUGCCUGGACUGCGGGAAGAGGUUCAGCUGGUGGUCGUCCCUGAAGAUCCACCAGCGCACCCACACCGGGGAGAAGCCUUACCUGUGCGGCAGCUGCGGCAAGAGCUUCAGCCAGAAGCCCAACCUGGCGCGCCACCAGCAGCAGCACACGGGCGAGCGGCCCUUCCGCUGCCCCGAGUGCGCCAGGCGCUUCAGCCAGAAGCAGCACCUGCUCAAACACCAGAAGACCCAUUCGCGGCCCGCCACGUACUCGUGCCCCGAGUGCGAGCGCUGCUUCCGCCACCCGGUGGGCCUCCGCAUCCACCAGCGCGCGCACGUCCGGGACCGCCAGGGCGCCCGCGCCCGGCUGUUGGAGCUGCUCCGGGAACCCGCGGCCUGCGGGGGCCGUCAACUGCUCAUCUGCAGCGAGUGCGGCAAGAGCUUCGCGUGGUGGUCGGCGCUCACCGUCCACCGGCGCAUCCACACGGGCGAGCGGCCCUACCCGUGCCCCGAGUGCGGCCGCCGCUUCAGCCAGAAGCCCAACCUGACACGGCACCGGCGCAACCACACGGGCGAGCGGCCCUUCCGGUGCGCCGCCUGCGGGCGCCGCUUCCGCCAGAAGCAGCACCUGCUCAAGCACCAGCGCGUGCACCUGGAGACCCUGUCGCCCACCCCCAGCGUCAAGGUCGAAGCGCUUUACGACGGCUGCCUGCGCGGCGGGGACGCAGGCUCGGAGGCGGCGCCACGUGAGUCCCGGGCGGCCGGCCGCGCGGAGAUUACCAGUACUGAGGGCUGCGCAGCCUGGGCCCGGCUUUGCUGUGGAGAUGCCAAGAGGAAUGAAGCAGAGCUGCCCUGGGAGCUCACAUUCUGGGGGCCGGUGAUUACAGCUGGAAGUGCCCAUGACCGAGUUGGCGUCCCCGGGGGGUGGGUCCCCCGCGGGGGACGGGGAAGAGGGUCUGGGGGACGAGCGAGGCCUGGUCAUCCACCACCCCACGGAGGAGCAGGCGCACCGUGCCCCCUGUGCGGCCGGACCUUCUCGCAGCAGCCCAGCCUGGUGCGGCACCAGAAGGCGCACGCCGGGGCCGGGGCCGGGGCCCGCGCGGCCGCCUUCGUGUGCCCCGAGUGCGGCAAGGCCUUCAGCGUCAAGCACAACCUGGAGGUGCACCAGCGCACCCACACCGGCGAGCGGCCCUUCCCCUGCCCCGAGUGCGGCCGGCUUCAGCCUCAAGCAAACCUGCUCACGCACCGGCGCAUCCACAGCGGCGAGAAGCCGCACCAGUGCGCAGUGGGCCGCCGCUUCCGCGAGCCGCGCUUCCUGCUCAACCACCAGCGCACCCACGCGCGCCUGCCCGCCCCGCACCCGCGCCGGCCCGGCGUCUUCGGGGAGCGGCGGCCCUACUUCUGCGCCCGCUGCGGAAAGAGCUUCGCGCGCGAGGGCUCACUCAAGGCCCACCAGCGCAAACCACGGCCACGGCCUGGAGGGCGCGGCGUGCUCCAAUUAGGGCCGCGUGCUCUGAGGCGCGCGGGCCCCAGCGCCCGCUGGUGUCCCUGCCCCCCAGCUGCGUCCCUGAGCCCCUGGAGGGUGGCCCCGGGGCGGCGGAUCCCCCUGGACACAGAAAGAGGAGCCUGCAUGGAGUCUAGAGAGUGA